ACUCAAGUCAAUCAUGCUUUCUGAUUAAGAACACUAAAACAUCUUGUUUAUGUGCCGUUGUUCUUUAAAUAUUUAUUAAAAAAUGGCGCCACUGUAUGAGCUGACCUUGAUUCUCAGAACGAUGCAAAGACCUAAUACGGCGGCGGCGCUGAAGCGAACUGCAAUGGCUGUUAUCGAUCGCGGAGGCGUCGUAUCCAAGAUAGAGAACCUUGGCAUGUGCACGUUGCCAUACAAGAUGCGUCGCCAUGGCGUCACUCACACACAGGGAAGCUACUUUCUGAUGAGAUACUUUAGUCCGCCGACGAUCACAGCAGAGCUCAUGGAACACAUCGGCCGCGACGUCGACAUUGUGAAGCGCGGCAUCCACGCCACCGAAGACAAACCAGAGGUGGCGCCACCGUGCACGCUCGAGGAGGAGACGAAACCGGCUGCCUACAGGAAGGACCUCCUGUCCAGCUUCAGGAAGUGAGCGAUCUGUUCGGGGAUCGAUCUCCCGGAUGUGGAGCUGAUAAUGGCGAACAAUGCGGCGGGAUGCAAAACGGACAACGUGUGAUAGCGGUCGUAAUCUGGGCAGUUUGCGGCGUCAUCUCUGGCACUAUCUAGUGACUUCACAGCUGGCCAUAGAAUAUCCAUAGUAGUGUAAUGGAUUCCCAACUGGCCGCAGAAUGUCCAUUCUGUAGAGAAUUCACAGCUGGCUGCAUUCACAGUCAAUACCAUACAUAAGCAGCAUAUUUGAUAGUAAACAUGUCCAAAAAUACACAGGUGUUUUGAAAUGCAAACUUAGCUUAUGGUUGGUUUAGUUUGGAAAUAAAUCCCUAUGUUAGGUAACACAACUGUUUUGACAACCAACCUGUUGUAUUGUUCUAGUGACAACAACUGUUUUCGAGCUACUGUCAAAACAACUUGAAAAAGAUAAUGGAGCAAUUGCCACAAAAGUUUGCAUUCGUCAAUGUGUGGAUCCGUUACAAAAUUGAAGUAAUUAUCAUCUGAACCAUUAUCUUUGGGAUGUCAUAGCAUGCCUAACAGAAAUAUGUGGUUUUGGCAAUUUUUGGGAUCACUUUUCUCACGAUUGUCAUGUCGGGGUAAACUAAUGUAAGAGUUCACCCCUGAGUUAGACACGAUGGAAUAAUGUUGCUGGUAGGGUGUAGAUAAUAAAGGUAUGUGGAUGUGAAUUUGUGCAUGUACAUAAAAGCAUUGUUAAUUAAAUAAUGAAAGAUUAGUUCUUACAAAA